CAGUCCGGCCUAGCAACCGUUGCCUAGCGUCCCCAGUCCCAAUCGAGUGGAGGCGUCGGGAAAAGCGGCGCUGUGAGGAGAGAGAGUCGGAGGAUAAUUUUCAGGACCCAAUUAUGAGUGAGCAAAUUAAAUUCAUUGUGGAGAAGCUCAAUUCGGAGCCCUUUAAGAAGAACUAUAAUUUAAUCACAUUUGAUUCCCUGGAGCCAAUGCAGCUAUUACAAAUUCUCAAUGAUGUUCUUGCUGAGAUUGACCCAAAGCAAGUCGUUGAUAUUAGAGAGGAGAUGCCAGAUCAGACAGCAAAACGGAUGUUGAGCCUUCUUGGUAUCCUUAAGUACAAACCUCCAGGAAAUGCUACUGACAUGAGUAUCUUUCGUCAGGGUUUGGUAAUUGGAAGUAAGCCUAUAAUUCACCCGGUGUUAUACUGGCUCCUUCAGCGAACCAGCGAAUUGAAGAAAAGGGCAUAUCUAGCUCAUUUCUUAAUAAAAGUGGAAGUGCCAGCCGAGUUUCUUCAAGAUGAUACUGUAGCUGACACCAAUAAACAGUAUGAAGAAUUGAUGGAAGGUUUUAAAACCUUACAUAAAGAAUGUGAGCAACUAAAGACCUCUGGAUUUUCUACAGCAGAAAUACGAAAGGAUAUCACUGCAAUGGAGGAGGAAAAAGACCAGCUCAUUAAGAGAGUAGAACGUUUGAAGAAAAGGGUGGAGACAGUGCAGAAUCAUCAACAGAUGCUUAAAAUAGCGAGACAACUUCGAGUCGAAAAUGAGAGAGAAGAGUUUCUAGCCCAGCAAAAACAAGAACAAAAGAAUCAGCUAUUUCAUGCAGUGCAGAGACUACAAAGAGUACAGAACCAACUGAAAAAUAUGCGUCAUGCUGCAGCAGAUGCAAAACCAGAAAGCCUAUUGAAGAGAUUGGAAGAGGAGAUAAAAUUUAAUACAUAUAUGGUUUCUGAAAAAUUUCCCAAGGAGCUAGAGACAAAGAAAAAAGAAGUUGAUCUCUUGCAAAAAGUGGUUGCAGAACCAGCUAUGGGCCAUUCUGAUAUCAUUGAACUUGAGACCAAGAUAAAUGAUGUCAACACACAGAUUAAUCAUCUGAUUGAAAAGAAAAUGAUGAGAAAUGAGCCAAUUGAAGGGAAACUUUCACUCUACCGACAACAGGCCUCUAUAAUUUCUCGUAAAAAAGAAGCCAAAGCAGAAGAGCUUCAGGAAGCAAAAGAAAAAUUGUCCAAUUUGGAGAGGGAGCUAUCUGAAAAGGCAAAUCAGACACGUCAAUUUGAUGGCACUGAAGUAUUGAAAGGGGACGAGUUCAAACGUUAUGUUAGCAAGCUUCGAAGCAAGAGUACAGUUUUCAAAAAGAAGCAUCAAGUAAUAGCUGAAUUUAGAGCAGAAUUUGGUCUCCUCCAGAGGACAGAAGAACUUCUGAAGCAGCAUCAUGAGACUAUUCAGAAUCAACUGCAAACUAUGGAGGAGAAGAAGGGUGUUUCUGGUUACAGUUACACUCAGGAAGAGCUGGAGAGGGUGUCUGCAUUAAAGAGUGAAGUGGACGAAAUUAAAGGACGGACACUGGAUGACAUGUCUGAUAUGGUUAAAAAAUUGAAUUCAAUGGUGACUGACAAGAAAUCAGCCUUAGCCCCAAUCAUUAAGGAUCUGAGGCAACUGCGACAGAAAUGUCAGGAAAUAACGCAGGAGCGUGAUGAAAAGAAAACCCAGUAUGACAGUUGUGCAGCAGGCCUAGAAAGUAAUCGGUCAAAAUUAGAACAGGAAGUCAGAAGGCUAAAGGAAGAGUGUAUUCAAGAAGAAAGCCAAUACCAUUAUAUAAAUUGCGUGAUUAAGAAUCUAGAAGUACAGCUUCAACAGGCUAAUGAUGAGAUGAGGGCAUAUAUCUCUUCUGACCCACAAGAAAGAAAAAAGGCAAUUAGGGAGCAGUAUUCCAAAAAUAUUACUGAGCAGGAAAACCUUGGGAAGACUCUGCGAGAGAAGCAGAAAGCUGUGCGAGAAAGUCAUGGUCCAAAUAUGAAGCAAGCAAAAAUGUGGCGGGAUUUUGAGCAACUGAUGGAGUGUAAGAAACGGUGCUUUCUCAAACAACAAACCCAAAAUUCUAUUGGUCAGAUCAUUCAAGAAGGAGGAGAGGACCGACUGGUAUUAUAAAUUGAAGUAUGAUAUUUUUAAAAGUUACUAUCAAUUAUAAUCAUUUCACCAGUGAGUUUUGCUUGCUCACAUUUUUCAUUUGUAAAAACUCAUUUACAGAUUAUUCUUGCAUUGUUGAUUUCCAUGAAUAAUCUUAAAAAUAGGAAACUGUUUUUGCUCUUUGCUUUUUUUUAUUUUAAAAAUGGAGGGUAUUCUUAUCAAGGCAUCAGUUUUUCAUUUCAAGCAUGGGGCAAGGUUGGGGUGGGGCACUAAGAGCAGAGCCUAAAGCAGGUGGGACACUGGGAUAGAGUAUCGAGGUAGUGAGACUUUGAAUGAAAGAUGGGGAGGCCGCGACGAGGGUGCAGUUUGCAAGAGAGGCACUUGAAGUACGAAUGUGUCGGGGCGUCCUAACCAAUCUACCAGUCCCUAGUAAAAGGGGUUGAUCUGAGACCCAACAUGGCACUGCUGGCCCUAUGGUUGAUAUCUGCCGGUCAUAUGGCUUAGUCUGACUCGGGCCAGAUGCCUGCGCCUUGCGUAUCUCUGUGCAGCUGUGAGGGGGACAGGUACUGGUCUGGUGUGGACAUUGGGGUGGGUCUCUGAGGCGCUGGUCGGCCCGAGGUGGAGUAAGCUCUGGUUGAACUCAAGACCGGCUAUGAUGAAGGAAGAGCUUGCCUUCCCCCACUAGGCUGGGCAGAGGCCACAGCACCUCCCAGCUCAGAGGUCACCUUUGCCACAGCCUGCUGACUUGGGAACUUCCCAACUUUGGAGGGAAUGAGCCUUUCUAUGGCCAGAAUGCCCCUGCAGGCCUAUUCAAGAAAAGGAAAAGUCAAACUGGAUUAUUUUGGGUUUUUUUUUUAAUAAAUGAAAAAAACACCAAGAGGCUUCUCGUUUCACCUCUCCCCUGGAGCAUGGUCCUAGCCCGCUGCAAUCCAGAGGAAUCCAGUGUUCAUGUCUCCUCUAGCUGCCUGGGCCGGGCCAGGCCCAGAGGGCCUAGGGGCCGGCAAGGAGCCACAGGCACUUUCCUGCUUAUAGGGGAAGAAAAAAAAAGCCUUUCCCGCUCCACACGCCACUCCGGAGUCCAGGUUGACGAGAGGGGAGAUGGAGCACAGUCACCUUAGUCCCUGCAGGAGUGGCUUCUCUGUCCCCCAGAGGGGCAGCAUGAGCCUUCACCAGGAGCCGGGACAGAACUACCUCGGUUUUCACCCACCCCCAGGUCCAGUGGAGGAAACUGAACACACACACGGGCAAGAAAUGAAACAAGAAGCCUUUGGGUUUUUUCCUUUUAAUUUAAAAACUGAUGAAAAAUAAGUCUGGAUUUGACUUUUCUUUUCCCUGUCCCAAACAGGCCCACAGGGGCCGCUAUGGCCACGAAAAGGCUCAUUCCCUCCCAAUGUGGCCCUUUCCUCUAUCCCAGCAGGCCUCGGCCACCCCGACAUUCCUCUUUUCCUGCUGGCCUUGGCCACCUCCACAUCACAUCCGGCCAGACUUGACCCCGCCAAGGGCCAGCCAGGACUUUGGGGCUGGGCAGCACUGGCAGCUCCAACACCCACCCCCGAUGUCCAUCCGUGAUCACCUCCCAUCCCGCUUUUGCACCUGCACAGACACAUUGGGGGUGGGCACCUAGCUGAUGUCAGAUUGUGUCAUAUGACUGGCAGAUGUCAAUCACAGGGGAGGCAGUGCCAUGUUAGGUCACAGUUCAACCCCUUCUAUUAGGGUUUGGUAAUAGGGUGGGAGCAGCAGUGGAGUGCGAGCUGGGCUGGACUUUAAACCAGUGCUGUGGCACCCUAGCCCCAACCAUCCCUAUGAUCCCGGAUUGGGGGUGAGUUGUCUGCCCACCUCCCCCUCACCUGGUUCGUCGGGCAGCUGGGUGGGGAUCGGGGUAGGGGGUGGUGAGAUGGAUAGACAGUUGACUCUAGGGGGUGGUGAGAUGGAUAGACAGUUGACUCCAGAGCCUUAUGAGGAUGAAAAAAUGGUGGAUGCACAACAAAUAGAAUUGAUAACUCAGCUCCAUCUCUGGCCCAUUAUCCGCUCCAGUAGGCAGAGCUUGCUAACUGUGGAGACUACCCUGCCCUCAAAACUAUGGUAACCCCAUGGGGACCCUCUCCAUGGCCCCCUGUGACGGUGGCUGCUUUUUUUUGUCUUUUUGAUGCUUGUUUUAUACAAAAUUAAAUGUAAACUUUCUAUUUUUCACCUAGAAUAAGAAACAUUGUUUUUUCUUAUUCUUGAUCUUUUAAAAAGUUGAGCAUCCCUUUUUUUAAGCAUCGGUACACUUCAAAUUUAGCUAUUCCAUCAGUUUUACUUCACAGUUUAUCUUUUUUCUGUUAAAUACAAAUGAAAUGUAAUUGGAUGUCUUUCUGUUUGUGUAUUAAACAGGAUUGUUCUCUAUGUGUUAUAGAAACCAAUAAAAUGUCCAAAUAUU